AUGCAACAACGUUAUCGGGAUGAUUCCGGAUCGAGUGUUGAUUCCGCUAGAUAUGAUUUCUAUUCAUACGGUUCAUAUAAAAAAAUGAUAGAAUGGUUACGAUCAUUAGCCAGUAAAUAUCCGAAUUUUGUACGAUAUAUAUCAAUUGGAAGAUCUCAUGAAAGACGUAGCAUUGAUGGUUUAGAGAUCGGUGGAAAUAAUCAAUCAAAACGGGUAUUCUGGAUUGAUGGUGGUAUUCACGCACGUGAAUGGGCCGCACCACAUACAGCCUUAUAUUUCAUUCAUCAGCUAACAUCAAAAUAUGGAUAUGAUAAAGAUAUUACAAGAUAUGUUGACGAAUUAACCUGGGUUAUAGUACCAUGCUUAAAUCCUGAUGGAUACGAAUAUACACGAUCCUCAACCAAUCCAAAUAUUCGAUUAUGGCGUAAAAAUCGUUCGCCAUUUGUUUGUGCAAAAGAUCCAUGGGAACGUAAUCGUUGCUGUCGUGGUGUCGAUUUAAAUCGGAAUUUUGAUUUUCAUUUUAAAGAAAGCGGUUCAAGUGAUGAUCCAUGUGCUGAAAUUUAUCAAGGUAAAUCAGCUUUCAGUGAACCGGAAACAAGGGCUGUACGUGAUGCAGUAAUGUCAUCUCGUUACCGCGGUCGUAUUGAUGCUUUUGUAACAUUACAUACUUAUUCACAAAUUUGGAUUCAUCCAUAUGGUCAUCGUAAGGAUACCUAUCCUGGUGAUAUACAGGAUUUGUAUGAAAUUGGCAAGAAAGCAACAAAUGCACUUAGCAAACUUUAUGGCACAAAAUAUGUUGUUGGUAGUGGAGCCGAUACAUUAUAUCCGGCAUCUGGUGGUUCUGAAGAUUGGGCGAAACAAACAGCAGGUGUAAAAUAUGUAUACUUGUUGGAAUUACGACCUGACGAAAAAAAUUGGGAUGGAUUUAUCCUCGAUGAACGACAACUGGUACCAACAGCAGCCGAAACUUGGGCUGGUAUACGGGUAGUUGCCGAUGCGGUGAUCGAACGAGCACGUCGAAAAAAUGCCAGAAUUAAUGGUACCAUCAAACAGCAAUAUCGCUUCGGAAACGGCAGUACUGGCUCAUGCUAUGAUUUACGUCAUGCGUGCAAACGAUGGGUACGGCAAAAAGAGUCCAUCUGCCAAACGGUACCAAUUUUUAUGCGAGAACAGUGCGCCUAUUCAUGUGGUCACUGCUGA